AUGAGCAUCUGCGUGAUGAUGAGCAUGCCGUCAAUGACCUACUACCCGCCUUACACAUCUAUGGCCCCGACAUGUGUGUUCGUGAAACAGCAAAUGCCUUGCCAAGUCCAGGCUGGAACAGAGCCCUCCACAGCUGCGACUUCGAUAUGCGACUCCAUCCACGUGACCGUUUCAACAAUGGGUGGAACUCAGGAGGUGUUUUCAGUGAAGGCAUCUGACACGGUGAAGGACCUGAAGGAAUACAUCAAGGACUGUCGUCUUGGCAAUGCACGCACAGAGGACAUGCGGCUUCACCAUGCUGGAGUCCAACUUCAUGAAGAGAAGGCUACAAUGAGCGAGUGCGGCGUCACAGAGGGCAGCAAGAUCGAGAUGGUGGUCGUUUCGAAGGCCGCCCAGAUUCCACGGAAAGCCAGAGUCUUUCUACGACUGUCAUCUGGAGAGAUGCGGCCCCAUGAUGUGCAUCUUUCCACACCCGCUACAGAGGCGGCAGCCGAAGCUGCAAAGCUCUGUGGCAUUGGAGAUCAGUGGGCAACUCUCUCUUUUCGUGGCCGGGUCCUCGACGGCAGCAAGAGUUUGAAGGACGCAGGAGUUGAGAUGGGGAGCGUCAUGAAGUUGACCAUUCCUGAGCCGGUCGUUGAUCAGUAG